AUGGGGUGUUACACAUAUGGAUUGAUACAGCUGCCUAUGGAGGGAUAUCCAUACACUUUAGAGAGGAGGGAAGGUACGGAGGACUGGGUUGAGGAGAGAUUGGACAGAGUGGUAGCGACAAUGGAGUGGCGCGAGUUGUUAGUGGAAGCUAAGUCUGUUAAUAUCCUUACACGUAAGUUGGAUCAUUCUGCCAUUUUUCUCAGUAUCUCUAACCCAUCUGACUGUAGGGUGAAUGGCCGACAUACUUUCCGUUUUGAAAUGGCUUGGCUGCUCGAUUCGGGUUGCCGAGGGGUAGUGGAGCGGGCGUGGGAUGAUGCUCAAGGGGAGGGGUUGAUGGGUACUUUACAUUUAUGCAAAGAGCGGUUGCAGGCUUGGGGAGGUGACCGUUUCCAUAUGUUUGGGAAACAGAUAAAACGGUUACAUGGCAAGUUAAUGAAGCUAAAAGGGAGUAGGGGACACAUGGCUUUGGAGGAGUAUAAUACAGUCCGAGCAGAACUGGCUAGACUGGAGACACAAGAGGAUAUAUAUUGGCGUCAGAGGGCCAAGCAGCAUUGGUUACGAGGGGCGGAUGCCAAUACCAAGUUCUAUCAUAGGGGUGGAUGGUGGUUGGGUGUCUAA